GGCGGGUCUACGUCUCGUGUUGUUGUUUUCCUCUUCCUGUCCGUCAGAUAAUCUCUGGCUAAACGGAGCUGCUCUCGGCAGAGUCUCGGGAUGAUAAAGACAGAGAAGACUCUUCAUCUGAGGAGGUUCCGGGGCAGGAAGGUUCGGGUGGUUCGGGAGCAUUAUCUCAGAGAGCAGGUCCCCUGCUUUAGCUCCCUGUGUCAGGCGGACUGUGCUAACGGGAUAAAAGUCCUGCCUGGAGAUCUGACCCACUAUGUGGUGCCUGACGCAGACGUGGUGGUCAACUACCUGGAGAUCCUGGAGCUCAGGGAGCUGCAGGGGAUCAUCUUCACCCAGACCGCCUGCCAGGCGCUGCACAGCAAAGGCCGGAGGUACUAUAACCGCCUGAGGAAUCUGGUCAAAGACCCUCGAUAUCACUGCGUGCAGUUUGCCAAUGAAUUUCAACAGUAUUCCUACUGUCCCAGAGAGAAGGGGGAGAGCCAGGAGAAGUGGCAGACCAGGUGUGUGUAUUCUGCCGCGGUGUGGUACUACAACCACCUGGCAGGUAUGAUGAACGUGGUGAUGAUCACAGAGGAUGAGGAGGCUGUUGCUCAGUACAGCAGCCUCCACUCAGGAGUUUAUGUCAUCAGUGUCCAGGAUUAUUUGCAGAACUUCUGGCCGGAUCUGCAGGCAGCUCAGGAGCUCUACACCUCCAUUUCUCAGGCGCUGGAGGAGAAGGAGGCGGAGGACUCGCAGAGAGAGUUCCCUGAACAUCUUCCUGCUGAAGUCAUGGAGGCCGGGAUCAAGUCUGGGCGCUACAUCCAGGGAACUCUGAGCGUGAACAAACACCGAGCGCUGAACGAGGCUUUGGUUCUGACGGAGGGCUCCUGCAGCCAGUCCAUGGACCUGAGCUCGGGGGUGUUGGUGCACGGCGGCAAGAACCGCAACAGAGCCGUGCACGGGGAUGUGGUGGUGGUGGAGCUGCUGCCCAAGAGUGAGUGGAAGGGGAGAGUGACGGCUCUGACAGAGGGACAGGGCGACGACAGGAGUGCAGACGACGGCCAGGAAAACCCCAUGCCAACAGGACGGGUGGUGGGGGUCCUGCAGAGGAACUGGCGGGAUUACGUGGUGACGUUCCCCAGCAGAGACGCCACUCAGUCGCAGAGCAGGAACUGCCAGCGAGUCCUCACCAUUCCCUGGGAUCGGCGGAUCCCCAAGAUCCGCAUCAGCACCCAGCAGGCGGACACUCUGCAGGACCACAGAGUGGUGGUUCGCUUGGAUUCCUGGGAGAGCACGUCGCUCUACCCCAACGGUCACAGCGUGAAGGUUCUGGGUCGGGCGGGGGAGCUGGAGACGGAGGUCCAGACCAUCCUGGUGGAGAACUGCAUCCAUGUGCCGGCCUUCUCUGAAGCUCAGAUGAAAGAGAUGCCCCUCAGCUCUCCUGAGAGGCCAUGGAGGGUGGACCCCGCCGAGGCGGCGAAGAGGCGGGACCUCAGAGACUCUCACCUGGUGUUCAGCAUCGACCCUGUGGGCUGUGAGGACGUGGACGACACGCUGUCGGUGCGCAGCCUCGCCGACGGGACGCUGUUGGAACUGGGGGUGCACAUCGCUGACGUCACCCACUUCGUCGCUGAGGGCUCGCUCACGGAUUUGGAGGCCCGCACCCGAGCCACCACCUACUACCUGGCAGACCGGCGGUACGACAUGCUGCCGGCCGUUCUCAGUGCAGACCUGUGCUCACUGCUGGGGGGAGUCGACAGGUAUGCGAUGAGCGUCUUGUGGGAGUUGGAUGCUGAGAGCCUGGCCGUCAGAAGGGUGUGGUACGGCCGCACCGUGAUUCGCUCCUCCUACCAACUCCACUACGAGCUGGCCCAGGCGCUGCUGAACGGAGAGGAGGUCCGGGUGCCGGAGCUGGAGCAGUUCUGCCCCGAGGAGAAGGACCUGAAGCUGGCCCAGCUCAUCCAGGCGCUGGAGAUGUUGACGCGGGUCGCCAGGCACCUGAGGCUGCAGCGGGACAGAGGGGGAGCUCUGGAGCUGGAGGGGGUGGAGGUUCGAGCCCAGUUGGACAAAGACAAGAACAUCACGGCGCUGGUUCCCCGCCAGCCCCUGGAGGUCCACGAGACGGUGGCCGAGUGCAUGAUUUACGCUAACCACUGGGUGGCGCGGAAAAUUCAGGAGUCCUUCCCGAAUCGUGCCCUGCUGAGACGUCAUCCGCCGCCGCGGCAGGAGCUGUUCAACCAGCUGGUGGACACGGCCAAGGUGAUGGGGUUCAGCAUCGACACCAGGACCAACAAGGCGUUAGCCGACUCUCUGGACCGAGCCGCGGACCCGCAGGACCCCAUGGUGAACAGGCUGCUCAGAAUGAUGGCCACCCGGGCUAUGUCACAGGCUCUGUACUUCUCCACCGGUUCCCAGCCGCAGGACCAGUUUUACCAUUACGGUCUGGCUUUGGACCGCUACACGCACUUCACCUCGCCCAUCCGUCGGUACGCAGACAUCGUGGUCCAUCGCCUUUUAACCGCAGCCCUGGAGCUGGAGCAGGGGGCGGAGCCUGCUGGAAUCCUGGCCACCAACAGAGAGCUGGAGGAACUGGCCCAGCACAUCAACAACAAGAACUGGACGGCCCAGAGAGCCCAGAGCGCGUCCACCGGCCUCUUCCAGUGCCUCUUCUUCAGGGACAGAGACCCACAGACGGACCUGCGGUGUUUGGCCGACGCCAUCGUCUACUCCAUCCGAGAUAACGGCGUGUUGGUGUUUGUCAGCGAGUAUGGCAUUAAAGGUCCUGUGUACCUGAAGAACAAAGAGGGCCAGGUGGUGUCAGCAGAACCAGACGGCAGCUGUAAGUGGCAGAGCGGCAAAGUGCGGCGAUACCCCAGCUACAUCACCACCACCUCGGGCGGAUGCACCUCCACCUUCAGGCUGAUGAGCCACAUCACUGUCCGUAUCUCAGUCCACUCCUCAAACUGCCACUCUGACGCUCUGGUUCUAGAGGUCGUCAGCAACCAGCCCCACCGCGGCUCGGAGCCCCAGCGGCCGGCCUCACAGGGCCACAGGCAGCUGGUCCAGGAGGUGGUGCGGCUGGCUGAGAGCGCCCAGCAGCAGGCGGCCCACGCGCCCAAGCUGUCCCGUGAGGAGCGAGACUUCCUGCAGAGCAAGACUCCAAACCUGUACUCCAUCCUGGAGGAGAUCCGCGAGCUGGCCCUGAUGGACCCGGAAGCGGUGCCAAGGCUCACUGACCCUGUAAAGACGGGCCAGUGAAGGUUCUUUUAGGAUGAAGAGACAUCCGGAUGUAAAAACACAAGAAGAUAAUAAAACAUGUAAGAAAGAAUUGGAUUCCAGAUAAUAUUUAAGGUCAGACUUUUUCUAAAAAUCUUUUUGGACCUUCUGAAGUUCUGGAUCCAUGUUGUGAAGACUUGAUUUGUCUUUGUUUCAGAACUCAUCUGCCUGAACAUUUUGAUUUUAAAACACUCCCAGUAGUGUUUUACUAUUAUGAAAUUUUUCACCAAAAUCCCACAACUUAAAUGUCUAAAAAAGCCGUUUUUCACGUUGAUCUGAAGCCUCUGUUGCCGAAAUCUCCUCUGAGGGGGCGUGGCUUUUUGUCCCCCCCGUCUGAUGAUAGUUCUGUGUCUCACCUGCGUAAAUCUGAAAACCCACAGAGACAACCCAGCCGGGAUUCAAACCAGCGGCUUCUCACGGGCCGGUGAGAGUGCUGACCACUCCACACAUAGGCCAGCUCCACUACCGCAUCCAAACUCAGAGGGCUCCGUGUGAUGGAAACACCCCAAACCCAGACAGAGUCUGGAUUAUCGGUCCAGUCCAGUGAAGCGGAAAAACAAAAAAACUGAAAACCAAACCUCUGGAAGCUCAAUAAAGCUUUUUUGUUUAAAGA